AUGCUGUUACUAAUCAGUAUCAUUCUCACUUUGCGGGUUUCCUGUGCUCUUGGACAAGGUAAAACUUGUGAUUUUCCAGAAAUAAAACAUGGAAACAUAUAUGAUGAAGACAGAUAUAAACAAACCUUCCCAGUUGCUCUGGGAAAGUAUUUCUACUACUCGUGUGAUCACAGCUUUGCAUCUCCUUCACAAUCACUCUGGACUAAAAUAACCUGCACAGAGGAAGGAUGGUCACCAACGCCAAAGUGUAUCAGACAGUGCUUUUUCCCUUGGGUGGAAAAUGGUCAUUCUGGAUCUUCAGGACGAACACAUCAGGAAGGUGACAGUGUGAAAAUUGUCUGUGGUGCGGGCUACCACCUUCUAAAUAAUCAGAGCAACAUCACAUGUACAGAGAGUGGCUGGUCCACCCCUCCUAAAUGCAGAUCGAUAGACCCUAAAAGAAAGUGUGGGCCCCCUCCACCUAUUGCCAAUGGAGACAUUACCUCAUUCCCAUUAGCCGAGUACGCUCCAGGAUUAUCAGUGGAGUACAAAUGUCAGUCCUUCUAUGAACUUCAGGGAAACAGGCGUGUAACAUGCAGUCAUGGAGAGUGGUCAGAGCCACCAAAGUGCUUAGACGCAUGUGUGAUAUUAGAAGAAACCAUGGAUAAACAUAACAUACAGUUACGAUGGAGUCACACACAAAAAAUUUAUUCUAAAACAGGAGAUACUAUUGAAUUUGAAUGUAAAACUGGAUAUUAUAAAAAGACACCAGAUCGUACAUUUCGAAUAACCUGUCAGGAAGGGAAACUGGUGUAUCCUACUUGUAUAAAAAACAGUGGUUAAAAUACAGUCCUAAAAUUAAAAUAUAUACAUUGAUUCCAAAUUUUUCAUUAUGAAUCCAGUUCUUCCAGUUAUUGUUUCAACUAUUGCUUAACCAAUUUUCAUAAAUCAGAAUUUGUGUUAAAUAUUAUGUGGAUGAUAUAAUCUGAGACUCAAAUGAAUCAUUUCUUAA